AUGAGUUUUCCACUAUCAAUAAGAACACUAACGUGAACACGAGACUCCCAUGGUCUAUUUGACUAUGAAACCAAAUCAGUCAUUGCUAAAAAUUUCAAAACUGUGAAGACAGGACGAGUCGUUAUAGCAGGCGACAACUGCGAUUUUAACUGUGAGAGCUCUUUACCGAGAGAGGGUGCACUUGUACAGGUCAAUGAAGUUAAUGGAGAAUACAUCGUCAGAGCAGAAAAGCAAGAACGAUUUUGGUUUGUGGUAAAAGAGUAUUCCAGCGAUGAUGGGAAUAAAGGAUACAAGCUGAAUGAAGAAGAUAUUGUGAAAAUCGGCCGGAUCAAAUUAAAAGUGAAAGAAAUAAAUACAAAAGGGUAUGAACCUAUUCAAGAAACCAAAGAAGAGGAAAGAUUGAUGAAUGGGGCAGCUUGCAGGUUUUGCUUAGGAGACACAGAAAAAGAUAGCAACCCUUUAAUAACCCCAUGCAAAUGUGCAGGGAGUAUGAAAUAUAUCCACUAUAAAUGCUUACAAGUAUGGCUUAUGGAAAAAGUGAAGACCAAACAGACUGGAAAUUCAGUGUCCUACAGUUGAAGCCAGCUGCAAUGUGAAAUCUGCAAAGAAGCAUACCCUACUUCAAUUAGAAUUGAAGGGAAAACCUGACAAUUAAUCGACGUCAACAAGCCACCACUUCCUUACAUAAUUCUUCAAGACUUAAGGUCCGAAAGAACUGAGCAAAGCCUCCACGUUUUGUCAUCAGUUGACAACUCAGCUAUAAAAAUCGGCAGAGGUCAUGAAAACGAAAUCCGAAUAUCUGAUAUUUCAGUCAGUCGUUUACAUUCCACAAUAAAAGUCACAAAAAGUGGCUUCUAUUUAGAAGACAACAACUCGAAAUUUGGCACAUUGGUACUGGCUAGGAAGCCAGUGCUGCUGAAGAGAAACUCUUCACUUGUAAUUCAAUGCAAGAGGACUGUUAUAUAUUUCAGCCUAAAAGAGCCUCGAAAUUUAAUUAGUAUUUGCCUUGUUUGCUGUGGAAGCAACUCACAAGUUGCUCCGGAACCUGGGCAGGUUGAUGAAAGAGCAAGUGAGAUGGAUGGAGAAGAGGAAGAUUAGAUUGAAGUUAGAAUGGAUCUUUUGGCCCCUCUCCGCUUUCGUAGACUUUGGGCUCCUCAUCCUUAGCAUCGGCUCGAAUUCACUCCCUUUUCUGCCGACGUCACCAAUAAAUGGCAGCAUCACCAUCUCUUGGGGAGACACACCCAAACUCCUUGGGACGGCAUAUCUAUCAGGAGAUGGGCGAUAGGGAGAAGAGGGGAGGAGUUUCCUUCUGGACCCCAUUAUCUUCGCAUUCAGAUAUGCAGAGUUGUCACAUGGACUCUGGUUUCCUUGUCUGCAGUAUAAGGUAAAAAAUCUGUUGUGGUGUUCCGACCAGGGAGGAAAAACCCACCUGGCACAAGUUCCAAGCCACGCUCUCUUUAAACCCAAAAAAAUGGGACUGGCCAAAUAAGUCGCCAUUUUAUUUUUGUGAGAAGAGGAAGAAGAAAGUGAACAAGAGGAAGAUCGUUCAGCAUAA